UCUCGCUUGAGAGCCGGAGCAUGAGGGUUGGAAAGUGUGGGCGAGUUGAGAAAAAACGAGAGAGAGAGAUCCCGUUCCAGCAGCCGCCAGGGGUCAAGCUGACAACCUCACGCUGUGUGUUGGGACGGGGCAGCUCCACCCUGACACUUUUAUUUUCGUUUGAAAGGCUCUGCCGAUAACUACAGUCUAAGGGUUAAAUCGUGGGGGGGGGGGCUUCAGACUGGGGCCUUGUGAAUGUGUUUUCCGCUGCGUCCGGUCAGCCUUUGACAGCUCGAGGUUUGUGACGGAAGGAAGAUCACAAGUCUUGCUGAGAAGUAUAAUUACUGUGGUUAAAAUCUUACAAUCUACACACAGUAGACGACUGUGGCCAUUUUGGAAAAUAUAGGUAAUCUUCAGUGGAUUGUGUAAUACAGAACACGCUACUGCAUUGUUUUCUAAACAUGACUUCAAAUGGAAUUCAAACAACAUUGCUCAUCAUAUUGCUAUGUGGAGUAUCUGCAGGUCCUCUAGCGGGAAGUGACUGUGUGCUGGGACCAGUAGGUGAAUCCCAUCCAGUCAAAACUUUGCUGGAGAGCUUUACUGUGUCAUCAGGCUGUGCAAGUGGAGGAACGACAGGUCUCCCUCAAGAGGUGCACAUUAUCAAUUUGAAAAGUACUGGGACAGACCACAACCACCACGACAAAGCAAAAAAUACCGGUGUAGACAUCAACCAUCAUGAUGAGGUGACACUGAAUUUGAGACCCAUUUUCUCUGUUGAAGUCCAUCAAAAGCCUUUGGUUUUUGUGCUGAAUUCUCCCAGACCUGUGCUGUGGAUCAUAAAGGCAGAAAGACUGGCACCAGGAGUACAACGUUUGUUCCAUGUAUCUGAGAAUUCUACUGUUCAGUUUCCAGCAGUAAACUUUACUUCAUCAAGAUCAUUGGAAGAGUAUUCUCUCCCCCAAGAUGGCAAACAUUUGCUACAGUGGACACAAAAAAUAUAUGGGUCUGUGACUUCUUUCACCGAACUAAAUAAGGCUAAUAACAUAUACAUCAAAGUGGGUGAAGAUCCCCUGUUGCCACCAACAUGCACCAUAGAAAAGAACUUUCUCUCCCAGAAUUAUCUUGCAGCAUAUCUUAAGACUCAAUCUGCACAGGGCUGUUUACUAUCCAACCCAACAGUGGAAAAGGAGGUUCAUGUCAUUGAACUUGAAUCUCCAAGUUCCAGUCCUUACAGCAGGAUUUUCAAGGUGGACAUAGUUAUUGACAUACGACCUGUGCAUGUGGACACCAUACUUUCCAGAUAUAUUUUGCUGUUCCUCAAGUGUGAGAAAGCAGUCAAUUGGGUAAUCAACUCACAUGAUGUCUACGGAAAGCUGGAAGUGGUUGUCUCUGACAGGGACAGCAUCAAUUUUAGUCGAGACACAGAAACAUCUAUGAUUGUGGUAAAAAAGACAUCAUCUGAUCUGACAUCUGCCCAGAUUGAUCUUCUGCACUGGGCUCAAGAACAUGGACACAGUCCAAUUACUUCAUAUACAAAAGCCUCAGUUGCUAACAGAGUUCAUUUAAGGCUUCAGGAAGCUGCUGAAGAAGAGGAGGUAGAAUCGUUUCUUCCACCAGAGCUUUCAAUUCUGAGAGAGCCAUUGCAAUCAUCUGAUCAGGCAUUUCCUGGAUUUCCAGAAGUCUUUCGAUUUCCAUUUCCCUUUGACCCAGAAGAUUACGAUGGGGUGGACACAGCUCACAAGCUGCCACAGAGAUCCCAGGAUAGUACAUUUGAAAAACUGAUGAGAAAUGGAUUAUCUGAACCAGAGGAGAUUCAGACCAUUGAGAAUGUGGCCCUAUCUGUUCAAUGUGAGAAUGAAAGAAUGAUAGCUGCAAUUGAAAAGAACAGCUUGCAGACUGAUGCAACUGCUAUAACACAAGUUUCUUUACUGGAUCCAAAAUGCAAAGCAAAGGAAAACUCUACACAUUACAUUUUGGAGUCUUCACUCACAAGCUGUGAAACUACUAAAUACUCUGCUACAGGUGGUUCCACCAUUUAUUUGAACUCGAUUGUGAUUGAGCUAGAGUACCCUGUUGAAGGAAGUGGAUGGCAUGGUGAUAAUGAAGAAUCCGGAGACAAUGGCUUCCCCGGAGAUGGUGAUGAUCCAGUUGGAAACAGACCGAAAACUGUUCUGUUUAACUGUACAUACUUCACACCUAGCAAGGAGUCUGAAAUGCCUUCCCAUUCUGGAUUCCCUUCUCUGACACAAAUCAACAAUGCAACUUUGAACAUGGAGCUGUACAACACAGAUCUGUUCCGUACUCCCUCACAAGGAAUGCACACUGUUUCAGAGAAUCGCCCAUUAUUUGUUGAGGUAUCUGUUACCAAAUCUGACCCAGAACUUAGCUUUGUUAUCCAGACCUGCUACAUUUCUCCAUCAUCGGACCCUGUUGCCUAUUCAGACUACAGCAUUAUUGAAAAUAUUUGUCCGAAGGAGGAUUCUGUGAAAUUCUACAGUUCUCAGAAGCUCGAUUUCCUGGUGCCUCAUGCAGAGAUGGAAAAAAAGAGGUUCAGCUUUGUGUUUAAGCCAGUCUACAACAUAUCCCUAGUCUUCCUUCAUUGUGAAAUUACAUUAUGCAGCAAAAAGGAUACUGAAAGCCAAGGAUUUCCUAAUCUUCCUAAGUGCAUUCCUCCUGAUGAAGCUUGUAUAAAUGUGAAUUUGCAAAUAAUAAUGGCUAUGAUGAGAAACAGACAAUCCUUUACCAAGCCAUUGGCUGUUAUUCGUGGAAGAAUGAAUCUACCUAACACACAAGUGACACCUGACAGCCAGAUUAAUGUAGAGAGACCACGGCCUUAUGUCAUUUAUGGCCUGGAUACCCCAACAGUUGUGGGAAUUGCAUUUGCAGCAUUUGUCAUUGGUGCACUUCUGACAGGAGCUUUGUGGUACAUUUACUCCCACACAGGUGAAGCAGCUGGAAGGCAGCAAGUCCCCACAUCUCCUCCAGCAUCAGAAAACAGCAGCACUGCUCACAGCAUUGGCAGUACUCAAAGCACUCCCUGUUCAAGCAGCAGUACGGCCUAACCCUAAGGGAAAUAGUUGUGGGGAAAUGGAGUAUCGAGGCAAAGUUCAAAGUGGCUAAUUGUUGAUGUUAGUAUCCUGAGGAUAAAAGGAAGACCUUCCUUUGAAAGCAGAGAUCUGUUUUUGAGGCAAGAAAUCAUCUAAGUUGCUUUAUACUUUAGGCAAACUGACUUAACUCGAGUACAUAACACUAUAUGUGACAAAACUACUAAUUACCCUGAGUUGGGAACUUGCUAACCGUUUAUGGGUUCCUUAUGUGAAAUUUGUACCAGAUAUUUUUUUCCAGUGCUGCCUUAUUUCUAGAAUGCAGCUAUUUAUUUUUUUCUGGGCUUUAUGUAAACACCAGCAACUUGCUGAGUGUAGAAAGGGCAACACCAUGUACUGAUUAACAGAAGACAAAAAUCUUCGAUAACAGAAACACACCACACAGAGAGCAAAAUCUGUAUGAUUUAAACAGAUUCCAGAGAAACAUUGGUGUUUUCACAUAGGUAUAUUUACAGUGAGCCCCCUUUUAUAAUAUUCUGACCACCAUGACACAUAAUUUCCAGGAAUAUUAACAACUUUGUUAAGGUAAUCAUGCUUUUAAGGAAAUUGAUCUAAAAUUAAAAAUGUAGACCAAAUCAAAACUUUCUGCUGUUUUUCUCAAAUGAGUUAGACAGGUGUUUUUCAAAGAUAUCAAUUAAUUAUUUUUCAAGUAUCUGGCAGCAACUAAUAUUUUAAGACACAAAUGGGACAUUUUAAGCACACUGUGAAUUCCUUUCCUGGCUUUUUUUGUAUGUAUUUUUAAAAGCAGGUGUUCAUCAGUGAGAGAGUCUCUGACUUGUCCCGUAUCAUGAAUGUCCAAUUUUGUGCAGCUCAGCAAACUGUGUUCUUCACGGUACUGAUUAUUGCAUACUGUACAGUUGAAUGUAUUUUACAUCAUGAAUUAAUAAUGUAUUCCUUGUAUAUAAACAUUUAUAGACACUCUCUAGAGCAGAGUACAGAGUAUUUUAGUAACAUAUAAGCUAUAUUUUUUAUUGUAUUCUGAAUUUCUGUAUGUGUUCUAAGGGCAGAAUCAGUGAUCCAAUGCUGCCAGUGGGGAACCAAGUUCAAAGUGAGCGCAGGUGGGAUAAUCUGUGCUAACUAUGAUGUUGCCCAAUCUCUGACCCGCACUCCCUUGUUUUCCCACUGGGAUUGCAGGAUUAUUGAAUUUACCCUUUAAUGUCAAAAUUACAUAAAUUAAAUUCAUUUAUACAGAUGUGUAUUAAUUUUGCUAACUGUGAAUUUUCCAUUGAAUUUUGUAAUGUACUUUUGCUACUUUGCUACCAGCUUUUUACUCAUUCCCCUCAGAAAUUCUAUUCGGGUAAUAGAAGUCGAUUUGUUUAAUCAGAGUCAAUCCUAUUGAAAGUAAUUGGGAAGGCCCAUUUUUGCAUUUUGGUAAGAUACUAAGGGCAUAUUUUAACUUUAUUUUUCUGACGCCAUUGACAACCGAUGAGACUGCACCAAAUACGCGCACUUUUCCAAGGCUGGCAACUGAAGGACUUUAGGAGUAGAUGUGACUUCAAGGAUGAUUUUAAAAAUUAACAGCAGAAUAGUAUGAUUGAACUUAGUAAAAUCCAUUGUGCACCAUGCAUUGUGUACAUCAUUUGUGGAUGUAAUGGCACUGAAAAAUCAAGAGACAAAGUGACCAAUGCACUUCACUAAAGCAGGGACACAGGUUCCUAUUAAACAACUAAUUUCUAUUCCCUUAUUCAGUACAUUGCUGAGAGAAAUGUCUAUGAAUGAGCAAUUUAGCACUUUAAUUCUCUUAACUUUCCAAACACCAAGGCAAUUUCACAAUUUAUUAAUUUUCUAAAAAGUCUGUAUUAAACCCAUGCUAGCCAGUUGAAUAAAGGGUGUAAAGUAUAAGGUAGCAUCAUUCAUAUAUUACUUAUUCUUUUCUCCAAAUCACUUAUUAAAGUUGCCUCUGGCAUGUCCUACUGACUACUUUUUAAAAUUACAGAUUUUUUUGAUAGCUUGGUGUUAGGCGGUGAUUACAGUUAACAUUUUUACAGGCAGCUGUCACUGUAAUAUUUUGCUUUCUCAUCUUUUUCCAAAUUGAUUGGAAAAAUCCCCUGCAGGGAUAUUUUUCUCUUUUCAUGAUAUAAAUUGAAAAUAUUUAAGAGUUAGACUGACUGCCACAAAAGGGGUGACAUUAUGCCUUCCACAUUAUGCUUUCAAAGUUCAUGUUAAUCUACUUUUAAGUUGCAUGUAAAAUCUUUUGUGUAAUAGAAUUAUAUGCAUAUAUAUAAAUACAUUUUGCCCUAACAGCAUAAUGAUGCAUAAAGAAAAUCACUGAAUGUAAUGCCCUACAACAACUUUUUUAUCUUUGCUUUCUCAAUCUACCAUUGGCUCAAGGAUUCUUGUGAUUCUAACUUGUGUAAGAAAUUUUUCUGAAACAAUCAGUAGCAAUUGGAUUACCUUAAACAUUAUGGUAGGUUCACUCUGAAUGAUUUAGUGUGAAUAUUGGCAGCUCUGUACUUCUAAAUUUCAGAAGGUAUAUACCUUCUGCAACUUUGGAUGUUUGUAUAAUAUAUUACUGUUGGAGUAACAAUUCAUUUUUAAGAUUGUAAAUUUUCUGUUCUUAAUACUGUACUUUGUUCGCCUUUAUCUUUAAAAUAUAUCUACCUCACUGUUGUACUAAAGGAACAAAGCUUGUACUGCUGGUUGUACCAAUUGACUUUUGUAAGUAAUUGCAGGUGGUGUCUGUGCAUUCUUAAUAGGACUGUGUUCUGUUCAUGUCUAUUUUUCAUAUGCUGUUGUAAAGGGAUUUGUAAAUUUUUAAAAAAUGUAUGAUCAUUUGUCAUACGAUAUAAUUGUGUAAAAUAAAGGUGUAUAUCAAUUAA